CGACGCUCUGACAUCAGGGCAAAGAUGGCUGCGCCCGGAAGCCUUUCCGUCGUACCCUAAAUGUUUGCGCCUAGCUCGUGUCAGGCUCAGCGUCAGACUCGGCGUUUCUCCAGCCAUGUUUUCUCUCCGAAGUUGUGGUCUCUGGGUCGCGGCUUCCCUCACCAAAAAGCGCCUUACGUUGGCCCGGUUCAGCGGUGACAGCGCGGCGCCCUUGGCUACGAAGUUUGACGUGAUAGUCAUUGGCGGAGGACACGCCGGGACCGAGGCCGCGGCCGCUGCCGCGCGGUGCGGCUCCCGGACCCUGCUACUCACCCACCGGGUGGACACGAUCGGUCAGAUGUCAUGUAAUCCUUCCUUUGGUGGCAUUGGCAAAGGCCACUUAAUGAGAGAAGUUGAUGCCUUGGAUGGCCUGUGUUCUCGAAUCUGUGACCAGUCUGGUGUACAUUACAAAGUAUUAAACCGGCGUAAGGGACCAGCUGUUUGGGGUCUGAGAGCUCAGAUUGAUAGGAAACUUUAUAAGCAGAACAUGCAGAAAGAAAUCCUAAGUACACCGCUGCUCGCUGUUCAGGAGGGAGCUGUAGAAGAUCUAAUUCUUACGGAACCGGAGCCGGAGCACCCUGGGAAAUGCCGUGUCAGUGGUGUGGUCUUAGCGGAUGGAAGCACCAUACAUGCAGAGUGUGUGGUCCUGACCACGGGGACGUUCCUGAGAGGUGUGAUUGUAAUAGGAUUGGAAAUGCAUCCAGCAGGACGUUUAGGGGAUCAGCCUUCCGUAGGGUUGGCUCAGACUCUGGAGAAGUUGGGGUUUGUGGUGGGAAGAUUGAAGACUGGGACUCCACCCCGAAUUGCCAAAGAGUCCAUUAAUUUCAGCAUACUGAACAAGCAGACACCAGAUAAUCCAUCCAUACCGUUCAGUUUUAUCAACGAGACUGUGUGGAUUAAGCCAGAAGAUCAGCUGCCAUGUUACUUGACUCACACGAACCCUAAAGUGGAUGAGAUUGUCCUUGAUAACCUGCACUUAAAUAGUCACAUCAAGGAAACCACAAGAGGACCCCGAUACUGUCCAUCCAUCGAAUCAAAGGUUUUGCGUUUUCCAAACCGUCUACAUCAGGUUUGGUUGGAACCUGAAGGCAUGGAUUCUGACCUCAUCUACCCCCAAGGGCUAUCUGUGACGCUACCUGCUGAAUUACAGGAGAAAAUGAUCAAAUGCAUCAAAGGCUUGGAGAACGCCAAAAUGAUUCAGCCAGGCUACGGUGUUCAGUAUGAUUACUUAGACCCCCGUCAGAUCACUCCUUCUCUUGAGACUCAUUUGGUGCAACGGCUCUUCUUUGCUGGCCAGAUAAAUGGCACUACUGGUUAUGAGGAAGCUGCAGCUCAAGGUGUGAUAGCUGGAAUCAAUGCCAGUCUUCGGGUCAAACGGAAGCCUCCUUUUGUCGUUAGUCGAACAGAAGGCUACAUAGGAGUCUUGAUUGAUGACCUCACUACACUGGGCACCAACGAACCAUACCGCAUGUUCACGAGCCGAGCCGAGUUCCGUCUGUCACUGCGCCCUGAUAACGCCGACAGCAGGCUCACGCUCCGAGGGCAUAAGGAAGUUGGCUGUGUGUCCCAACAACGAUAUGAAAGAGCUUCUUGGAUGAAGUCUUCUUUGGAAGAAGGCAUUUCUGUGCUAAAAUCCAUUGAGCUGUCCAGUUCUAAAUGGAAAAAGUUAAUUCCAGAGGCUUCUAUAAGUAUUGAUAAAAGUCUGCCUCUCAGAGCUCUAGAUGUUCUGAAGUAUGAAGAAGUUGAUAUGAAGUUGUUAGCCACAGCUGUUCCAGAGCCCUUGAAGAAGUACACUGAAUGUAAAGAACUAGCUGAAAGACUGAAAAUAGAAGCCAGUUAUGAAUCAGUGUUGUUCCAUCAGCAACAACAAAUAAAGGAAGUUCAGCAAGAUGAAGCUCUCCAGCUGCCAAAAGACUUGGAUUAUUUGACUCUCAGAGAUGUGUCUUUGUCUUAUGAAGUUCGAGAGAAGCUACAUUUCAUUCGCCCAGAGACGAUUGGCGCUGCUGGUCGUAUACCUGGAGUGACACCUGCCGCCAUCAUCAAUCUGCUCCGAUUUGUGAAGACCACUCAGCAGAGACAGGUGGCUUUGAACCACCUGCCCAACACUCAUCAGUCCUUGCGUGACACCGAAGAACUGGAACAAAGGCAGUUAUAGCUUUCUAUUCAUAGAAGACUUUUAAAUAGGAUGAGGAGAGAGAGGAAGGAGAUGAUAAUCUUAGGUUAUUACAGAUUUAUCAUUAAUUUAUGAAGAGGACAGAGUCUAAUAACUGCUUCUGUAUCUGGAAAAGUUAUAAAGUCUUCAUUUAUACUCUUCGUCUUAGGUGCUCUAAUACAGUGAGCCUAUUAACAUAAGAGGAGUAUUCAUCGAGGAGAGAUCAUAGUGGAUCCACAACUAAACCAGAAAAAAAAAAACCUUCAGCUUGCAGAUUUGCUUACUUAUAAGGACUUUGUCCAUUAAAUGUUACCAAAGUAAAAGUCUUAUGUUUCAAUCUGUUUUGAAA